UUGUAGCAUGACAUGAAAAGUGGAUCUUCAUGUGCAGAAGUUGUUCGUUCGGUGCUGCUGGCUAGCUGUGAUGGCUCAAGAACCAAUUUACCUGACGUUAAUGUCUUUUUGGAUUUCGAGCAUGCUGUACCGUCAGAAUCUGAAUUGCAGAUCUGCACUUUAGCUGAAAAGAUCUUGGAGCAGGCAGUCGUACUGCUAGAGGACGUAAAACAUUAUUCAGGUGGGGCAUCGGCCGAAAUUCGCAUCGCCAUACAGCAACCCAACAACAGGGAUGCUCAACGGGGAGCGCUGGAUAUACUGACCAAGUUAGUGAUACAGAUUAGGGCCUACUAUGAAUUGUCUCAGCGGAUUGAACAAAUUGUGCCACUGCUGCUAUGGGAUCUUUGUUCAGGUCCGUUGCCACCAGCAGAACAAUUAGACACACUUCAGGCAACCUGUCGACAGUUCGCUCGCCUUAUUGACUUUGCACUUUCAUUCGAUGCUGUCAAAAUGUGUACGCCAGCACUGCAAAACGAUUUCAGUUUCUACCGUCGAGCAAUGUCACGAGAAAGUGACGGACAAUUUGCCAUACCGUUAGAAUUGGCUAAUACCAUAUCAUUGUUUUUGGCUUGUCCGACUCCAAUGCUUUCUGCACUUAUUACAGCUACAACUGAUUUUGUUGCUAAAAAUGGCGACCUUCCUAUUGCUAAUACUACAGAUACGUUAGCCACUGUUGUGCAGGUAUGUCGAUUUAUGGUAGAAAAAGAGGAGAACUGGGAACGACUCUCAGACCAAAAUUGUUCUUUCACGAUGAGGGUUAUGGUUGGGGCGAUUAUACUAUAUGAUCAUAUUGAUAAUACAGGAGCUUUUUGUAAAGAAUCACCCAUUGAUAUACGAUCGAUUGUAGAACUAAUCAAGACACAGUCCAGGAAUGAAGAGGCAGAAUCGUUGUUAAGCGCUCUACGAUAUACGACAAAACAUCUUAAUGACGGAAGUACGCCGAAAUCAGUUCGUGCAUUAUUCCCCUAGUAGAAGAUUUGCCAAAACGAAAACUGCUUUUCAAAUGUGUAAGUGAACUUUUUGCACGUGAAAUGUCGCGGGUAUUUUUUGGAAGGGCACGCUGCAUAUGCCCACGUCUAUUCUUUGUUCAAUUUAAGUCCUUUUAAAAUUUUAGUGUCGGUACUUGUACUUUCAUUCAUUUGUACGUGAUAAUUCGAUUCAUUUAUGCAUAAUUAUUGUAAGCAUUCUGAUCAGGGACUAGGAGAAUGUGAGGUUAGGGAAGAUCUAUAUUGUAGUCAUUCAUGUCGCUGUUGUCUUUCUUUCUUGCUUUCAUAGUUUAAUCAAGUGUUUUUCGUUUUUCUGUAGGUCAGUGCAUUUAUACUUCAAUUAUUGUUUGUGUUGUGGUGUUUAACCUGUUGACCUGCUCCAGUCAGUUCUACUUAUGUAUGUAUAGUACAUUACAAUUUCCUUAUUACCUUGUCAACACCUAAACGUCUAUUUCUCUUAAUAUUGAUUUCCACUCUGCUUGUUACAAUACUGCAA